AUUAAAAUCAUAUCAUCUUGAAGAGAUCUGUUGUAAUCAAUAAUAUACAUCAGUUAGAAUUAAAGAUGGGGACAUUUGGUGGACAUGCAUUACCUGGAAGUUUUUUUAUUCUUUAUGGUUUAUGGUCUAUUUGGCAUAUAUUAGAGAAAUUUUAUCGACGAAAAAGUUAUGAAUUAAAUAAAUCGAAUGAAUCAACUUCUGAAUAUACAUGUAGAAUAUCAUAUCCAAUUGAAAGAAAACAACAUACUGAAAAUGAUAUAAAGAAGUGUUUUUCUUGUUGUAAAAAAUCAUUUCCAUUGGAUUCAUUAGCUAAAUUAGUGUUUUGUAUUAUUGGAAUAAUAGGAGAAGUGAUUACAGGAUUUAGUAAUGAUUGGAUAUUUGUACAUAUUGGUAAUGCGCAACAUUCUACAAUGUUCUCAUUAUUUGGAUUAAGUGGAGCUAUUGAAUUGUGUAUAUUUUAUGGGAUUUUUAAAAUUCCACUUCAAUCAGAAUAUCUUUUUCAUGGAAUAGCGCUAUGGGGAGAACUAUUUCUAUUCCUGUUUCAUUUACACCAUAGAAAUCCACUAGAUGUUUACCUACAUCUAUUAUUAACUGGUAUGAUUAUAUUAGGGAUUCUAGUGUCAGUUGUUGAAUUAUUAAAUCCACACGAACCUAUUUAUGGUUUAAUACGUAGUUGGACUUAUCUUAUGCAAGGCACAUGGUUUUGGCAAGUUGGAGCUGUUCUAUAUCCUAAAACAUCAUGGAUGCCAGAAUGGGAUCAGCAAGCUAAACAGAGUAUACCGGCAGCAGCAAAUUUGUUCGCCUAUCAUAUGUUGGGAAAUUCCGUUGCAAUCAUUGUAAUCGCUAUACCAGUUAUGAUUCGUACAAAAGUUAGUUUGAUGAGUGAUGAAACAAUGAGAACACGUUUGUCAAGAAGAGAGUAUCGUCAACAACCCCCGGAACAUCAACAAAAUUCACAAUCACUGGAACAACAAAAUUUCACGAUUGACAACAAUUCAGAAGAAAUAGAAUUAUGGAAUUAUAAUCAUAGUACUACAGGGAUUAACGAAGUUAAGCAAAGUGACAGAACCUGUGUUUAAUGAAUAAACCAUAAGGCACUUGUCAUUACAUCAUUAAGCCAUUAUGUUGAUGCCAAGUAGAUCGAACUGGUAAUACGUUGAAGCAAUGUGAAACGUAAUCAAGUUUCAUAAUAUAAAAUUACUCCUUCAUCUUUCUUUUUUUAAUUUUGUAACCUCAUCUUCAUUUCUUGCUUUGAUCGUCUAACCUUAAUUGAAACGUAUGACUGACCCUCCUCGC